AUGCAGCAAGCUGGCAAGUCCGAUGACUGCCGCUUCAUCUGCACAGUUCAGCGACAAGUGUCUGUUACCGAAGACACUGAAACAAGAACCCAUUGUUUCUGUCGACGCCCAUGGCAGCUCGUCAGGGAGAUGUGCGAUUGGGGCCUCCGGCCCGCACAUAAGAAGAAUUUCCGGCGUGUUCGGCGGGCUGACCAUGCCUCUUUGUGGCAACACGCCAGCUCCUGGGAGUGGAGAGCAUCAUAUGACCUCCCAGGAGCUGGCAAGAUGGUACAAAAUACCAUCUGCAUGGUCAGCCCGCUGAACGCGCCGCAGGAAGAACAGCCAGCCCCUGGGAGAUGGGAAGAUUAUAUCAUCUCCCAGGGGCUGGCAACCACCUGCGUGUUCAGCAGGCCGACCAUGCCACCUUCAGCAACAGCCAGCUCCUGGGAGCAGAGAGCAUUACAUGAUCUCCCAGGAGCUGGCAAAUGGGCACAAACAACGCCAUCUGCAUGGUCGGCCUGCUGA